GGGUGUCCAGACCAAGGCAACUUGGGCAAACCCUGGGGGCGGCUCCCGCCGCACGCUCGGGUCAGCCUCCCCUUUAAAAAAACCCGCCCGCGGAGGAGGCGGAUGUAGGGGCGGCCCAUCCAAUGGCAGCUGCGCGCCUCGGGAGACUUGGAGACGUGAGCCAGAACGAGCGACAGAGCCGGUUCGCACCGACAGACCGACGGAGGGCCAGACAGCCGCAAGGCGAGCGGGCCGCUCCGGGCCUGACCCACCCCCGUACUCCAGAACCAGCGCCCGCCGCCGCCCCAGAUCCGGCGCGAUGCGCGGCCCUGGCGGCGGGGCACGGGCUACCACUGCCCCUGGGCCCGCAAGCCCUGGCCCCUAGCGCCCAGCGCCGUCGCCCUGUAUCUGGGAGGGCCUCGGGGACCCCGGUCUUAGGUGGCGCAGGAGCCCUGCCGGUGGGGCCUGUUCAGCCCCGCCAGGCGCGCCGGCCCACCAUGCUCCUGCUGUCGCCGCGCAGCGCGCUCCUCUCCGUCUAUUGCCCGCAGAUCUUUCUCCUCCUGUCCAGCGGCAGCUACCUAGCACUGUCGUCCGUCGUGGCCCUGGGAGCCAACAUCAUCUGCAACAAGAUUCCCGGCUUGGCCCCGCGGCAGCGCGCCAUCUGCCAGAGCCGGCCCGAUGCCAUCAUUGUGAUCGGGGAGGGGGCGCAGAUGGGCAUCAACGAGUGCCAGUACCAGUUCCGCUUUGGGCGCUGGAACUGCUCCGCCCUUGGUGAGAAGACCGUCUUUGGACAAGAGCUCCGAGUAGGGAGCCGCGAGGCCGCCUUCACCUACGCCAUCACCGCAGCUGGCGUGGCCCACGCGGUCACUGCCGCCUGCAGCCAGGGCAACCUGAGCAACUGCGGCUGCGACCGCGAGAAGCAGGGCUACUACAACCAGGCCGAGGGCUGGAAGUGGGGCGGCUGCUCCGCGGACGUGCGCUACGGCAUCGACUUCUCCCGGCGCUUCGUGGACGCCCGUGAGAUCAAGAAGAACGCGCGGCGCCUCAUGAACCUGCACAACAACGAGGCGGGCAGGAAGGUCCUGGAGGACCGCAUGAAGCUGGAGUGUAAGUGCCACGGGGUGUCGGGCUCGUGCACCACCAAGACCUGCUGGACCACACUGCCCAAGUUCCGCGAGGUGGGGCACCUGCUCAAGGAGAAGUACAACGCGGCCGUGCAGGUGGAGGUGGUGCGGGCCAGCCGCCUGCGGCAGCCCACCUUCCUGCGCAUCAAACAGCUGCGGAGCUACCAGAAGCCCAUGGAGACAGACCUGGUGUACAUCGAGAAGUCACCCAACUACUGCGAAGAGGACGCGGCCACGGGCAGCGUGGGCACGCAGGGCCGCCUGUGCAACCGCACCUCGCUGGGCGCCGACGGCUGCGACACCAUGUGCUGUGGGCGCGGCUACAACACGCACCAGUACACCAAGGUGUGGCAGUGCAACUGCAAGUUCCACUGGUGCUGCUUCGUCAAGUGCAGCACCUGCAGCGAGCGCAGCGAGGUCUUCACCUGCAAGUGAGGCCCCCAC